UGUCCCAAGUCCCAAGUCCCAAGUCCCGAAGUGAGCUCAGUUUUGUUCUCCCUCCAAAAUCCGUCAUUCAAAGUUUGAAAAAGUGAAAUGGGAUGCGUAUCUUCAAACCUCCUCAACCAUGAAGACGACUUCGCCCAGCUGGGUACCUCCGCACUCGGCGUUGGCCACCACAUCGUGUCCCUCACAUCCACCACCUAUGGCCUCCUCACUCUUGACCCACCCUCCUCCACCACCACCCCUUCCACCCUGUCCGAACCUCCAGAGGUCAUCAACUCCUGGGAGCUGAUGGAAGGCCUCGACGCCGACAGCUUCCGCUUCUCUCCACUCCCACUCCCUCCCCCAAAACCCAAACCCAAACCCUCCUCUCAGAAAGAGAACCUGGACCCCUUCGAGAGGAUAUGCCCUCCCAGCGGCGAGAACAGAGUGGUGAUCUACACCACCACCUUGAGGGGAGUGAGGAGCACCUUCGAGGCCUGCUGCGCUGUUAGGACGGCUUUCGAGGCCUUCGGGGUGUCCUUCUGCGAGCGUGACGUGUCCAUGGACAGCGGCUUCAAGCAGGAGCUGAGGGACCUUCUGAAGGGGAAGGAGAGGGAGGAAACGGUGCCUCCCAGGGUGUUCGUUAAGGGCUUCUAUGUGGGUGGCGCCGAGGAGAUGCUGAGGGCGGUGGAGGAGGGGCUGCUGGGGGAGCUGCUGGAAGGCCUUCCGAGGAAGAAGAUGGGUGCUGUGUGUGACGGCUGUGGGGACAUGAGGUUCUUGCCCUGUUUCCGGUGCAACGGCAGCUGCAAGACAGCGGUGCUCCUCAAGGAAGAAGGCCACAAGGGGAGGACAGUUGUCAUCAAGUGUGCUCAUUGCAAUGAGAAUGGCUUAGUGGUAUGCCCAAUUUGUAGCUGACUUCUUCCACUGCUACUAUUUUAUAGACAAAUCGAUCAUCUGCUUUUUGUUCAUAUUAUUGUCAUUUCCGAUUCCCAUGCUUGUUUCUAAUACUUGUAACGGUGAUGUGGCUCAGUUCACCAUUCUUCAAAUCAUAUCAAGCUCUAAACAGAUCA